GACCAAAGUACAAGCUGCAUUUGACCUCCAGUUACCAACCUUUGAAAUCCCAUAAAGACUCAGCACAUAAACCAAAAAUUUUGAAAGAAGACAGAGAGGAUAUCUGUGCAUCAAAAAAAAAGCAUGAAGUUUGAAGAUCUAAUUACGGAGAUCGAUGGCUUCGGCAGGUUCCAAAAGAUGAUUAUUUUCAUCAGUUUUGUUGGACGAUUCACUAUACCGUGCCACUUUUUAUUAAGCAACUUUAUCGCCGCCGUCCCAUCUCACCACUGUGACAUUAGCUCUCUGGAUGCUGAGGGAACUUUUGGGAAUUUGAGUCGGGAGCAGAAACUGGCUGUCAGUAUUCCAGCGCAGGAAGAUGGGACUCCUGCUUCUUGUCACAUGUUCCCUUAUCCUCAGUUACAUCUGUUGACAAACUCCUCCAGCAGCAUAGAUCUUCCUAUAGUGGAGUGUCAGAAUGGAUGGGAGUAUGACAACAGCACGUUCAUCAGCACUCUCGCCACACAGUGGGAUCUAGUAUGUGAUAACAGAGGUCUGAAUAAAGCGGUGACCACCAUCUUUUUCAUCGGAGUGAUGUUUGGAGCAGCUUUUUUUGGAGGCAUGAGUGACAGAUUUGGGCGUAAGCCAAUGCUGCUGGUGUCGUAUAUAUCAGGAAUGGCUUUUACAUUGGCCAGCAUCUUUUCUUCCUCCUUCAUCAUGUUUGCAGUGCUGAGAUUCUUUAGUGGAUUUACUAUCACUGGCAUCGUUAUCGUCUCAUCUGUACUCAAUGUGGAGUGGGUUGACAUUCAGCACAGGAGACUAGUAUGUCUAAUUGACAGUACGGCAUGGGCUUUUGGGAGCACCUCUUUGUCUCUUAUUGCAUUCUGUAUCAGAGACUGGAGAUGGCUGACAGUGGCUGUCACUUCACCUUUACUGCUCUGCACCGUCCUCUGGUGGUGGGUUCCAGAGUCGGUUCGGUGGCUGAUAGCCAAUGGAAAGGCAGAAAGAGCUCAUUUUUAUCUUCAUAAAUGUGCUGUCAUGAAUCGCAAAGAGGAUGUUAUCUCAAGAAUCAAACCUGAGGCUCUCUCUAUUAUAAUAACAGAACAAGGAAAGAAAAAUUAUUCAUACCUGGACCUAGUCAAAACCCCUAAGAUGAGGAGACUGGCUCUGCUCACAGGAACCAUAUGGUUUUGUGUUGCCAUUGUAACCUAUGGUAUAAGCCUGAACAUCACAGGCUUUGGACUAAAUAUAUACCUCACUCAGUUUGUGUAUGGAGCCAUUGAGGUUCCAUCUAAACUGGUUGUAUAUUACCUGCUGGAGAAGAUUGGCAGACGUAAAACUGAAGCAGGAGCUCAUCUAUUGGCUGGAAUCAGUCUUAUGAUCAACAUAUUCAUAACCAAAGAUCAGUGGAUUGGUCGUACUGUGGUGGCAGUAUUGGGUAAAGGUUUCGCGGUUGCUGCUUUUUCUACAAUUGUGUUAUACAGCUCGGAGCUUUACCCAACUGUUCUCAGGCAAAAUGGGAUGGGCUACAAUUCGUUCUUGGCCCGUCUGGGUGUGUCAGUGGCUCCUCUAGUCCUGCUAUUGGACAGUUUCUGGGGUCACUUCUCUCAGACCAUCCUGUGCUGUGCGGCACUCGUCGCUUGUCUGGUGACUUGGCAGUUACCUGAGACACGAGACAGGUGUCUGCCCGAGACUAUAGAGGAUGUCGAGGGUACUGGGAAAAAUCUCAUUAAAGAUCAUGACAAGCAGGACGUGGAGAAAAUAAAAAUGAAUGAACGCACAGAGGACCACUGAGAUUCAUUCAGACUGAUGUUCCGUUGCUUAAUGUCACAUUCAGAUCCAUUCAGACAGUAAAUGCGCACAAAAAUAAAAGAACAAUCAUAAAGUUCUUUUAAAAUAUUUUUUAUUAGUUACACAAAGAUUUACAAAUUUCUCCAGUGCCAUGUAAUAAUUACAGAGAUUUUCUAAAUAAGAUUAAAUGGAGGUGUGAAUUUGUGAAUCUGUGUUUGUGAAAGAGAAAAAUGAGAGAGAGAAAGAGAGCCUAUGUAUGUGUGUGUGUGCAAGUGUUUGAGUAGGGACUGUUCUGUAUAAAUUCUUUUUUAAGAUGCCAGUGGCCAUUUCUGAUUAUCAAUUAGAAUACAUACAUAUGUAAUGACAUUUGCAUAUAUCUGACUGUGUGAACAUAAAUCUUUACACCUUACAAUUCUAUUAAUGAUGUAAAAAAAAAAACACUUCUGUACCAAAUAAAAAAAGAGCUUUUCUUUAUGA